GCAAUUGCAGAAUGGCCCCUGCUAAGAGAUUGUCUCUGCUGCUCAGGGAGCCUCCCAGGGCUUGGAGUGCCAAUAGAUGGCUUCUUAGAAGAUCCCAGCACACAGAGUCUGUGUGUCCAGCCCAUGGGUGUUGGUCGUGAAAUGUGCACCCAGGAGGCCUUCCAGGCACAAAGGAGCGAGCUCCUGGGGCUGCUGGUCUCUGGGUCACUGGAGGGCUUUGAGAGUGUCCUGGACUGGCUGCUGUCCUGGGGAGUGCUCUCCUGGGAGGACUAUGAGGGUCUCAGCCUCCUUGGCCAGCCCCUCUCUCGCUCAGCCAGGCAUCUCUUAGACACCGUCUGGAGUAAGGGUGCCUGGGGCUGUGAGCGCCUUAUCGCAGCUGUGAAUGAGGCCCAGGCUGAUAGUCAGGUCCUGGAACUGCCUUCGUGCUGGAACCCCCACUCUUCCCACCCGGCUCGUGACUUGCAGAGCCACCGACCAGCUGUCAUCAGGAGACUCUACAGCCGUGUGGAGGGUGUGCUGGAGCAGGCACGUCAGCAGGGCUUCAUCAGCCGCUAUGAGUGUGAUGAAAUCAGGCUGCCCAUCUUCACUGCAUCCCAGCGGGCCAGAAGGCUUCUUGAUCUCGCCACAGUGAAGGCAAAUGGGUUGGCAGCCUUCCUUCUGCAGCAUGUUCAGGAGCUGCCAGUGCUGUUGGCCCCACCUUUUGAAGACGCCGCCUGUAAGAAGUUCACAUCUAAGCUGCGAAGCACCCUAUCUGCUCAGUCCCGCUUCCUUAGCACCUAUGAUGGGUCAGAGAACCUCUGCCUGGAGGAAAUCUACACGGAGAAUGUUUUGGAGAUCCGUACAGAGGUGGGCCUGGCUGGGUCCCCACAGAAGAGCCCUGCCAUCCUGGGUCUGGAGGACCUCUUCAGCACCCGGGGCCAGCUCAAUGCUGACGCAGACACAGUGCUCGUGAUGGGUGAGGCAGGCAGUGGCAAGAGCACGCUCCUGCAGCGGCUGCACCUGCUCUGGGCCACGGGCCGGGACUUCCAGGAAUUCCUCUUCGUCUUCCCAUUCAGCUGCCGCCAGCUGCAGUGCGUGGCUGGGCCGCUCUCCAUGCAGACACUGCUCUUCCAGCACUGCUGCUGGCCCGACCUGGGCCAACAGGAUGUCUUCCAGUUCCUCCUUGACCACCCAGACCGAGUCCUCUUGACCUUCGAUGGCUUUGAUGAGUUCAGGUUCAGGUUCUCAGAUCAAGAACGUCACUGCUCCCCAACUGACCCCACGUCAGUCCAGAACCUGCUCUUCAACCUUCUGCAAGGCAACCUGCUCAAGAACGCCUGCAAGGUGCUCACCAGCCGGCCGGCUGCAGUGUCGUCGCUUCUCAGAAAGUAUGUCCGUCUGGAACUCCAGCUCAAGGGUUUCUCAGAAGAAGGCAUCAAAGUGUACCUGAGGAAGUGCCAUAGACAGCCUGGCGUGGCCGAACGCCUCAUCGGCCUGCUCAGAGCCACCUCGGCCUUGCAUGGCCUGUGCCACCUCCCAGUCUUCUCCUGGAUGGUUUCUAAAUGCCACCAGGAGCUGCUGCUGCAGGGUGGGGGCUCCCCUAAGACCACCACAGACAUGUACCUGCUGAUCCUUCAGCACUUUCUGCUGCAUGCCUGUCAGCCCGACUUGGUUGCCCACAGUGUGGGGCCCUGCCUGCUAAAAGCCAGGCUCGCCACCCUCCUGCAUCUUGGGCGCCUGGCUCUCUGGGGCCUGGGUCACUGCUGCUAUGUGUUCUCUGCUGGGCAGCUGCAGGCUGCACAUGUGGAUGCUGAGGACAUUGCCCUUGGCUUCCUGGUACGUGCCAGGAGGGUUGUGCCGGGGAGCCUGGCACCCCUGGAAUUCCUGCACAUUACAUUCCAGUGUUUCUUUGCUGCCUUCUACCUCGUGCUCAGCACAGAUGCACCGCCAUCCUUGCUCAGACAGGUGUUCAGCUGUCGAAGGCCAGGCAGCCCACUGGUGGCCAGGCUGCUGCCAGCGCUGUGCGUGCCAGGGCCAGGCCACAGAGAGGGCAGCGUGGCUGCUCUGCUGCAGGAGGCUGAGCCCCACAACUUGCAGAUCACAGCAGCCUUCGUGGCAGGUCUAUUAGCCCAGGAACACCAGGGCCUUCUGGCAGAGUGCCAGGCAUCUGAGAAGGCCCUGCUCCGGCGCCAGGCCUGUGCCCGGUGGUGCCUGGCCCGCAGCCUCCAAAGGCACUUUCACUCCAUUCCACCUGCGGUGCCAGGUGAGGCCAAGAGCAUGCAUGCCAUGCCCGGCUUCCUCUGGCUCAUCCGGAGUCUGUAUGAGCUGCAAGAGGAGCGGCUGGCGAGGGAGGCUGUGCGUGGGCUGGACGUGGGGCACCUCAAGUUGACCUUUUGUGGCGUGGGUCCUGUCGAGUGUGCCGCCCUGGCCUUCGUGCUGCGUCACCUUCGGCGACCCGUGGCCCUGCAGCUCGACCACAACUCCGUGGGUGACAUUGGUGUGGAGCAGCUGCUGCCAUGUCUCCGUGUCUGCAAGGCUCUGUACCUGCGAAAUAACAACAUCUCCGACCGAGGUGUCUGCAAGCUCGUGGAGCACGCUCUGCACUGUGAGCAGCUGCAGAAGUUAGCUCUGUUCAACAACAAACUAACUGACGGCUGUACACACGCCAUGGCCAGACUCCUCACAUGCAGACAGAACUUCUUGUCAUUACGGCUGGGCAAUAACAACAUCACAGCUGCAGGAGCUGAGGUGCUGGCGGGUGGGCUCAGAGCCAAUGCCUCCCUGCAGUUCCUGGGGUUCUGGGGCAACAAGGUGGGGGACAAAGGAGCCCAGGCCUUGGCUGAAGCCUUGGGUGACCACACAAACUUGAAGUGGCUCAGCCUGGUAGGAAACAACAUCGGCAGUGUGGGUGCUCAAGCCUUAGCAGUGAUGUUGGAAAAGAAUGCAGUGUUGGAAGAACUCUGCCUGGAAGAGAACCAUCUCCAAGAUGAAGGUGUGUGCUCUCUCACUGACGGACUUCAGAGAAAUGCGAGUCUGAAAAUCCUGAAGCUGUCCAAUAAUGGCAUCACCGACCUGGGGGCAGAGGCCCUCCUGCAGGCCCUCGAAAGAAAUAACACCAUCCAGGAAGUCUGGCUCCGAGGAAAUUCUUUCUCUCCAGAGGAAAUGGAGAAGCUUAGCCACAGAGAUGCCAGACUCUUACUCUGACUGUCUCCUCUCCGAGGCCACCGUUCCGUUCUCCUUUUGUGAGGAGGCUAUUGACUUGGAUCCCAGGAGCCAGGUCAACUCUGGCAGCAAAUCCUGGCCUGCCCUCUGGACUCACCCCAUCUACCUUAAAGACAGAUGUCUCCAUUACCUGCUCUGGCCUCAGAUCUCUUCUCAAGAUUCAGUCCAUGGCAUGUGGACAGGACCAGCCACUAGCUGAACUGACAUGGGUCAGCAGUGCAAAAUCCCCUUCCCACUCCUUUCCAGACAAAAAGGGGUGUUCAGAAAGCAGCCUUCAGCUGUGUCAUGUCUCAAGCCAUCCUUGCUAUUCCCCACAUGUGGUUCCACGCCUCACCCAGGCCUCACCUCUUCUACGGCACUGGCCUUGAAGUUGAGAAUUCAAAGUCCUCAGCUUUGCUAGUCCCCUCCUAACCACCUCAACCCUCUUACCCCCCAGACCCUACAGCCGGGGGGGGGGGGGGGCUUCAGAUUACCCUGCUCACCUGUCUGAUAUUUAAGACAUAAUUGAAAAGGGACACAACUAAUUAAAAAGGGACACAAACUAGAUCUGCAAGAAAAAUAUGACCACACAACAGCUACUGGACCUUUAUUUCCAGAGACCUCAGGGACACUUCAGUUAAGCCUUUGGAAAUUCAAGCUGUAAGUGAAGCUUUUAGAAAGGAACCUGGGGGCUGGUAUAACAACAUAAUGGUUAUGCAAAAAGACUUUAUUGCCUGAGGCACCAAGGAUCUCAGGUACAAUCCUCACCACCACCAUAAACCAGAGAUGAGCAGUGCUCUGGUUUAAAAAAGAAAAAGAAAAAAAGGAACCUGGAACUUGGGCUUUUGAAUGGGCUCCACUAGCAUCUUGGUUGAUGCCUGUGAACUGAACUCUGACAGUAGUGGACUUGCCAAAUCUACUCACAAAAAAAGAAGACGAAGAAAAGAAAAAAAAAUCACCAGAAACCAAGUUUAUUUGCCUUUGGAGUCUAAAUUACUGGAUCAAGAGUUGAUACGGACAAAAUCAAAAGCCCUUCCUUAUAAAGCAGUAUUUUUUUUUUUGUUUUGCUUUUUUUUUCAUAGUUUUCAAAGUGAUACAUGUUGAAUCCCUUGUAUGCUUUCAGGUGGGAGUGUUAAUUAUUUUAAAUGUUAUUAUUUGUAAAGACUGGCAAACAUUUAUAAACCACUUUGUUCUGUUCUCCCAAGUUUGUAUUUGUAUGGAGAACACAACUAUGGGCUUUAUGCUGUAAAUAACCACAGUGGAGAAAAUUAUCUCCAGUGCUGUCUUCAUGGUGACCCGGCACUGAAAACAUAUUCUUGAAAGUUGUCAAAUAAAAAAAAAAAAAAACCAAAAUGUUCCACUUGAAGGAGGAAAAUGG